AUGCAUCUACUUCAGCCAAUCGUCGUCUGCUCCUUGUUAGGUUCUGUCGUAGCUUCUCCCGUCGAAACAAUAGCGAAUGAUUUCACACCAGCCCAGCGUCGCAAUGCUGCACUAGGUGAAUCUACUGAGCUUAAUAAGCGUACCUGGAUGAGCUACAACAACAUUGACGGCUCCGCCACUUCAGGAGCAAAGGUACUCCUAAAGUUCAUCCAGUCGCAGUUUGGAUGGCAUUAUCUUUCUGGCCAGCAAGAUCCAACCAGUUUCGCCUGGGUGCAGUCCCAGAUUGGAAAGACUCCCGCCAUCCUUGGUAGUGACUUCAUUGAUUACUCUCCAUCACGCGUCGCGCAUGGCACCUCGUCCACAGCUGUUGAAGACGCCAUUGCCUUUGACAAGAAGGGCGGCAUUAACACCUUCGUCUGGCACUGGAACGCCCCAACCGGCCUCUACGACACUAGCGCUGAGCCCUGGUACUCUGGUUUCUACACUGCAGCGACCUCAUUCAACGUGCAAAGCGCACUAAACGAGGGUUCCAACGGUGCCAACUACCAAUUGCUCCUCCGCGAUAUCGACGCUAUUGCCGUGCAGAUCAAGCGCCUUUCCGACGCCAAUGUGCCCAUCCUCUUCCGGCCCCUGCACGAGCCAGACGGAGCCUGGUUCUGGUGGGGCGCCCAUGGAUCUGGCCCCUUUAAGCAGCUCUGGAAUCUCAUCUAUAGCCGUCUGACUAGCUACCACGGUCUACAUAAUAUGGUCUGGGUGUGUAACACCAUGGCGUCAGACUGGUAUCCGGGCAACGAUAAAUGUGAUAUUGCUACCACCGACAUAUAUGCAUCUGCUGGUGACCACAAUCCACAGGCUAGCGCCUGGCAGACACUGUAUGGGGUCACAGGGGGAUCGAGGGUGCUUGCCCUCGCGGAGGUGGGUGUCAUUCCUGAUCCAGAGCUGCAGGCUAGUCAGGAUAUACCGUGGGCUUAUUGGGUUACCUGGGCGGGGGAUUUUAUCUCAGGCGGAGGUUAUAAUUCGAAACAGUUUUUGUUCAAUGUCUAUUCGGAUAGUAAGGUGGCAACAGUGGAUGGUGUCACGCAGAUUGGGAACUGGAAGAGCACUUAG